CGCUGCUGGCGGCGCCGCGCAGUGACGUCACACUCGCCGAUCAGUCGGCCCGCGUUGGAUAGCUGCUGUGGUUCAGGUUGGGAUUGUUCGCUCCUGAAGUGUGCGAAGUGACAUUGUGUCGGAGGCACUGGGGGUCAGAUCACAUUUUCGGCGGCUGUGUUGCGCGGGCGGUGCGCCGGUGGCUGGUGGUGGUCGGCCUGUGUCGGUGCGGGCGGCGGUUGGCGCGGCUGGGCUGGGGCCGUCUGCUGCCGAGUGCCGGCGGCGCCGCCCGGACCGAUCCAUUAUUCGUCAGCGCUCGGCGGGCCGUGCCGCCCAGCGCGGUCAGCCGAUGUUUUCAACGAUCGGCUCACAGACGCGGAAUGCGACCGGCCAUCUGAUGUGAGAGGAGGGCCGCAGUGCCAUGUCCAUUCAGACAGUGCCCUGGUGACCGGCGGGAGGCGUCUGCUGCGCGGCCCGCGCUGGCCAGCUGCUGCGCUGCAUUAUGCUGCCGACGGCGGCGGGCCAGGCGGCCCCGUCGGCCGGGUGCGCGGCGCUGCGCUAGCGCGCCGGACCCCUUCGGCCGCGGCACGGGCCGGCCUAGGUGGCGCUGCCGGCCGUAGGUGGCGCUGCCUGCGCUCGGCGACAAAAUGGGCAACAGCUUCAUUCGCAAAAACUACGAGGAAUCUCCGUGGCUGGUGACGCGGCGCACCGGCAAUCUGCUCAGGCUCUGGGCGGAGGUGUUUCACGUCUCGUCGACCGGCUCCGGGACGGUGAAAUGGCAGCAGAUCUCCGACGACCUGGUGCCCGUCAGCCUGACGUGCAUCCAGGACUCGCCCAGCUACGUGUUCCACAUCACCGCCUACAACUCGCAGGUGGACAAGAUCCUCGACGUGCGCCUCACCCAGCCCGGCACGCGGAUCGGCCAGGCGUCCGAGUGUUUCGUUUACUGGAAGGACCCGGCCACCGGAGACACGUGGGGCCUCAACUUUACCUCGCCCAUGGACGCGCGGCAGUUCCGCGAGGUCUGCAGUCCAUCGUUUAAAUUCUCGCGGAAAACCUCAUCGUCCUACUCAUUGAAGCUGGACGGCAAGAAGCAGAAGGGCAACAAGCGGAAGCCGCUGUCGACGCCGUCGUCGCCGUCGGGCGGCGGCAGAGAGCCCCAGUGCACCUGUAUGACGGCCGAACAGUACGCCCGGCUGCGUGCGCAGGACCCGCGCUUCAGAGGUAGGUCGGCCAGCCGCGGCACAUCAGUCGGCGAGGUCUGUCCCCGGCUUACCUCCGCACCGGCUCAGGGUGCCGCCGGGAGGUCAUAUAGUUGGUCCCCCUCAGUCACCCCUGCACUGGUGCAGCGGCACAGACGCGGGAUCCCCACUCAUGCAGCUUUAUCCUGGUAUUACUCGACCUUGGUACAUCCAAAUAUCUGCCAAGUGCCAUCCAUCAGAACUGAUGCUCCGCCAAACAGCCCUGCAGGUCGCUCCGACGCUGCGCGCCGGUCGCUAGUAAGAAUGUCUAUGUAUAUUUGGAGAAUGUGGAAGACCAUGAACCAUCCUUGUGUUUCCGCUAACUCGAGUUGGAGAUUGAAAAACGAAUGGCUGGUGGUACACAGACCCCAGUUUUCGCUCGCCACCCGGAUAUAUCAGGAUCACGUGGUGUGACAAGAACAUCUUUUUAGCCUCUGUGUAAUAUUAUUCUCUGGGGAAGGUGGCCAGUGACUGUGCCGGCCGUCGGUUAUAAGCAAGCUAUCCAAUGCAUCUCGGAGUUUUCCUUAGAGGCGCUGCUCGGUGUGGGAAGGAGCAGCCGUCUCGGAUGGAUUGUCCCCGGUAGCCGCCCUGUGCCCGUGUCGAGGGCCAUCCCGCAGAGAGCCGCGUCUCGUGCCACGCUGUCGUCCGGUGCCUCUCCUCUGUGCGGCAGG